UCCGCGGUGUGCGCAGGUCGUCUGCUAGAGGUGGGCGUUUCUCCGCGUUCCUCCGCACACUGUUGAUGCUGAGAUUUUUUUCUCCUCCACCAGCGGCUCUCUCCAUGUUUCUCCCUACGCUCGUAGAGGACAUGCAUCAUUUCAAGCCGAGCCAGGACAGACUGUACACCACCAGGUGUUGCGGCUGCUGCCAUGUCCGGACGGGGACCAUCAUCCUGGGAACAUGGUACAUGGUCAUCCAUCUCUUGAUGGGGAUCCUGCUGACUGUAGCUGUGACCCACCCCGAAAACGUUCCCACCAUCGACUUGCAGUACGAGGUCAUUGAUCAUUAUUUUGCCUCUGACAGGAUGUCCGAAAAUGCCUUUGUUGGAUUCGCCAUCUCUCUGUUGAUGCUCACCAUCAGCGCCAUGAUGGUGUACGGCGCCAUUACUUAUCGUGACGGCUGGCUCAUCCCGUUCUUCUGCUACCAGGUGUUUGACUUUGCUCUGAGCUGCCUGGUGGCCGUCAGCUCCCUCACCUACCUGCCCAGUAUCAGGGACUACCUCGACCAGCUGCCGGAUUUCCCAUAUAAGGAUAACCUGCUGUCUAUGAACUCCAGCUGCCUGCUGCUCUUUGUGCUGGUCUUCUUCACCUUCCUCAUCAUCCUCAAAGCUUACUUGACCAACUGCGUGUGGAACUGCUUCAAGUACAUCAACAGCAUGAACAUGCCAGAGAUCGCUGUCUACCCUGCCUUCGAGACCCCUCCCCAGUACAUCCUGCCCACUUACGAGAUGGCCAUGAAGAUGCCAGAGAAGGAGCCACCUCCACCUUACAUGCCAGCCUAAACACCAGCCCUGAUGCCAAAACACGCACACACACACACACACACACAGCUGUCAUAUGCAUUCCUACAUUCCCUCACUGACCCCUUUGAACACCAUUACGCCCUGAGCCUCUCCUCCCUCUCUGACCUACCGUGUAAAAA